AUGAAGUACCCUCUGGUGCCACUGGUGAACGAGCUGACAUUUUCUUUCCUGGUGUUCUGGCUCUGUCUGCCCGUGGCCUUGCUGUUGUUCUUGCUGAUCAUCUGGCUACGCUUCUUACUCAACCAAGAUUCAGAGGAAAAUGACUCAGAUGUAUGCCUCGAUUGGGAGCCCUGGAGCAAAGACCCUGACGAGUUUUGCCAGGAGGAGAUGCUCCACAACCAAGAGGAGGAGAGGCCUUGCUGCUGA